UUUUGCUGUGCUGCAUUUACAUCAGAUUACAGAACACGGAAGCAACAGUUCCUUCGAACCAUUUGCCUUUUCUAAAAAGGCUUCACAGGUAGGUACUGUGGGCCAAGCAGGGGCCCCAGGUGUGGAGUCCCAAGAUCUGAGUGUCCAUUUCAUCAAGAAGAGAUGAGCAAAGGAAAAGUCAAGGGGCAGGAGAACGUGCACAGUUCUCUUCUCAGCAGCCAGGAGAAUGAACGCCUGCUAGAGCUGCUGGGAAGGAGAUGCAUGACCAUGGCCACAGCGGUUGUUCAGUUGUACAUGGCUCUUCCUCACAGUCCGACCCAAUGGAGUCUCCAACAUACAGGAGUUGUGUGUUUCGUUAAGGACAAUCUUAAACGUUCAUAUUACAUCCGUCUCUAUGACAUAAAGGAAGGGAAAAUGGUUUGGGAGCAGGAGCUGUAUAAUCAGAUGGCAUAUUCCUGUCCAAUGAGGUUCUUCCACAGUUUUGCAGCUGAUGACUGUCAAGUAGGUUUGAACUUUGCCAGUGAGACAGAAGCUGAAAUUUUCAGAAACAUCACUGUGGAGAAGAUUAAUCAGAGAUCCAACCGCCAGGAAAAAAGACAGCAUGCUCCGUCUGAAGAAAACCUGGCACUACAACAAACCCCUCCAACAAAUGGUCCAGUUUCACAGCCAAGUGUAAUGGCCGCAGUGGACAUCCAGAACCCAGAUAUUGUGGCAUCAAGGUACCGCUCCACCCCAGUGCCAACCCCCGCACCAGCCUCACUUUGCAUAAGCAAAAAGGACAAAAAGGGAAAGAAGAAAGGCCCAAAACUCACUAAGGCAGAUAUUGGAGCUCCUAGUGGAUUUAAACAUAUCACUCAUAUUGGGUGGGAUCCAAACUCUGGUUUUGAUACCAACAAUCUUGACCCUGACCUGAAGAAACUGUUCAACAGUGCUGGUAUCAGUGAUGCCGAGCUGGCAGACAAAGAAACAUCUAAGAUCAUCUAUGACUUCAUCGAGCAAUCUGGAGGCCUGGAUGCAGUAAAAGAGGAAAUGAGGAAACAGGAUACUUCUCAGGGUCAUUCCGGCUCUCUUCCUCCAGUCCCAGGAGGUCCUCGUUCUGCCCCUGCACCUCCUCCACCUCGUGGCGGGCUUCCCCCAGUCCCAGGUCCACCUGGACGUCCUGCACCACCUGCACGCAGCCCUGGACCCCCGCAUCGUGGUCCACCGCGACCUGCACCACCUGGAAGCCGUUCUGUGCCUCCACCCCCUAUGCCAUCUACUCUUCCGCCACCACCACCCCCCAGCCAAAGUCACAAGCCACUUCCUCCACCUAUGGGUGGAGGUGCACCGCCUCCACCUCCACCCCCACCUCCUCCUCCACCGCCACCUUCUUCAGCAGGCAACUUCCCCAGUAGCCCUGCCAGCUCAGCUCCACCUCCUCCUCCCUCUGGUGGUGGAGGACGAGGAACCUUAAUGGACGAAAUUCGCCGUGGACGUGUGCUAAAGAAUGUGUCUGAAUCCCCGGACCCUAAUCCUCCAGUUCAAGAUGAAUCCUCAGGGGGAAUUGUGGGAGCUCUGAUGAUGGUGAUGCAGAAAAGGAGUAAAGUUAUCCAUUCCUCAGAAGAUGAAGACGAUGAUGGGGGUGAUGAAGAUGAAGAAGAUGAAUGGGAUGAAUAAUGCUUCUCUCUGCUCUUGGUUCACACAUUUAUGUCAUCCAAUUCAGCAAAAUUAGCUGAUAAAGCUGAUGCUCAGUGGUAAUCAUUUUAGCAAUAGGCAUGAAUCUUCAGGUUAUUCCAGAUUAAAGUUGCACUGAAUGAUCUGAAGAUCUGCUGUAAAUCCAAUAAAGCAAUAAAAACCCAACUUUGAUAAUGACUAGGUUUCAAGCCUGUUUUGCAGUGUCUCAGCCUCGUUUCAAAGACUGGUCUGUUUUCAACUCCAGCUUUCAACUUCACAGUAGCUCAGUGAGAGUUCAUUCAGGAAGAAGGAACUGUAGUUGAGCCAAACCAGGAGUGGUGUUAGAUUUCAUCCAAACAUAGGACUGCCAAGCUUAACCACAGGUUUAUGUUGGAUAUUUCCUUCUGUGUGCACAUGCUUUUGACUCAUCAACUGUCUUAUUCCAAAUCUGCCUUCUUUACAGACCCAGUAAUGUUUUUCUUGUC